AUGGAUACACAAGAAUUAUGUCAUGCAGACCCAGAACAAGAGUUUACAGCUGGGGUCCGUCUUGUUGUUUUAAACCUGCCAGAGGAUGAAGGGGAAGGUUUGGGAUUCAGACUCACAAGAACAUUGUGGGAUCCAUAUCCAUGGAUCCACGAAGUGACUCCAGAAUCGAGAGCAGACAUCGCCGGACUUAAGACAGGGGACUGUUUAUUGCAAGCGGAUGGUAAAGACCUGUUGGGGUUAACGAUCGGUAAGGUAGCGGGUUUGAUAAGAGGCGACGGAGAGGGACAUGGCGUCUCUUUACUGGUGUGGAACUGUGGGGUCGAUCCAAGCGAUGAUCCUGAGUUGCUAUGGAGUUGCGGCGGGGGUUCCCGUGGGGAACGCUCGAGACGAGCUCUAGCGGGCGUGGUGAAAGCGUUAUCGUGUUGCGUAUGCGCCGCCACCGCGACUAAGGCGCUUAACUGUGCACGGUCACAUUUGUAUUGUGAAGGUUGUUGGAGCAGACUGCAGAGAUGUGCCUUGUGUAGAGAGUCGUUGCCCGCUAAAGAUUCACCUUACGCUAGAAAUUUAGUCGCUGAACAGGUCUUCGAAGCAAUAGCCACAGAAUACGAAUUAAAGAAUACAUUGAAAAAUACAAAAGCUACCUCAGCCCACACCUCGCCAACACGAUCUCCAAAUAUAUCUCCAUCUUCAAGUCGAAAGGGCCAAUAUCAAUUAUCAGUGAUGCAAAGAAACAGGAAAGCAAUACAAAAUUCUUUAAAUAACGAAAAGUUCGCUUCAGAUCCGAAUAUCAAUCGGCACAAAAAUUCAAUUACCAAUAUGACACAACGUCAAAUUAAUAAUGGCGGGAAAUGUAGAUGUCAAAAUGAAUUGACAGUGCCACAGACAACUGAAGGUAACUUGUGUAGCUGUCAAAUACAGCAUAAAUUGGUAGCGAGGUUGAGACAGGCUUGCUCUCUUGCCGAUUUACAAAACGGACCUGUGCAAAGUAGUACUUUAUCGAAGUCGUUAAGUAAUAUCAAUUCGAACGACCAAAGUAACACCACCGGCCAACAGAGCAACUCUAUGGAUAGUCUUAAACACUUAGAUGCGCCAGUUUUCGUGUUAUCGCCACCACCUAUAUAUGUUUUAGCAUGUGAACAUAGCAAA